AUGUGUGACAAAUGUAAGGACGUUCAUCAACGUGGGAAGAAGACACGGAAUGACGACGUUGUACCAAUUCAAGAGGCAGACAAACAAGGCAAGGUACUACUACCAGAGGUAUGUAAGACCCACCCUGGUAAAACAUUAGAACUGUUCUGUAAAGAAUGUCUCGUCGUAAUGUGUUCGAUGUGUUUUACCCAGAAACACAAUCAACACACUGUUGGCCAUAUUGAAGAAGAAAUGGAGUCACAGAAACGGUACGCGCAAGAACAACUGGAAACGUUAAAUUCCAAGUUAUACUACUUUAGUGAUCAUCGUUCAAAGCGCCAUGAAGCAAGCAAAACAUUCAGAGAAAGCCUUGAUGUUGUUCGGAAAGAUGUUCAAGCCCAGGGAUUAAUGUUGAAAGCCGAAAUUGAUUCUAUCGUCACCUCAAUACUGGUGGAGUUGUCAUCUUUGGCUGCUGAGGAAGACGAAUCCUGCAAACAGGAUUGUCAGCCGGAUGAGAAGCAUGUCAAAGAUAUAACACAGCUGAUUGGAGAUAUAGAGCAGAAAGCAGAACAGAUGUCCAGUACAGAAUUGUUUGAGCUGACGGGGAGACUGAGAAAUACUGUACCGCUGUAUGACGUCACUGGGAAAAGUGUACAUGUACCACAACGCACACCAAGCUUGGUAACCGGUCAACUUGAUACAAAGCAGUUGAAAGAAAUGAUUGGAUAUGUUUCCGCCAGGUAUGAGAAGAAGGAAGUCGACAGUCGACAUGUCCUGAAUCUUUCUAUGUUCCGAGUUCCUCAUCAGAAUACAAUAAUCUCAAUUUGUCCUACUGAAGACUCUCAGGCAUGGAUGUCAGUACAUGAAUCUACAGAAUUGAUUAAAGUCAACAAGGAAGGUAAGGUCAUAGAGUCUGUCAAGCUUGACUUUAACCGGUGGUGUCUGACAGUGACCAACACAGAAGAACUACUGAUCACGUGUCGUGGUAGUUUACCACUGAUAUACAAACUAUCAAAGGACAGACAAGUGACCAGGUUUACUGACAUCAGUCCACUUAAAGCCUGGGGUAUCAGUGUCAGUGACAGUGACGAGGUGUUUGUUACUACUAACACUAUAACAAUACUGGUACUGAACAUGUCCGGGGAGAAUCAGACAAAUCUCUUGUGGGCAGAUUGGGAUCAGAAUCGUAUGUUUGACAGAAGGAAACCUAGCUGUUGCCACUGGUGA